AUGGAAGUGGCGGAGCAGCUAGAGACGUUGAGCGUCGCAGCUGAGGCGGCGGGUCCCGAGGGGAGCUGCAGCGUGGCGGAGGAAAACGUUUCGACCCUCUCGGAGGUGGGACAGACGGCCCCCCAGGGGCGGAGCGGGGCUGGUGGAGCGGCAACCGAAGGGCAUCUUCAGGCGGGGGAGGCGGGGCCCUCCGCGGCUGUCCCUGCUGGAGGCACCGUUGAUGGACAAAUUCCGGGCCUCCUGGAGGUCCCCGCCACGGACUCGACUCCCAUGAACGGAUCCGCCUUCCCUCGUGACUGCACGUGGCCGAGAGCGGUUUGCGUUGCGGGCGGAGACCCGGGCGCUGGACGAGGCGAGAAGCGGAGCCAGGACUCCCCGGCACCCGCAGAAGGAGAGGGCCUGCCUGGUCCGGAGGAAGGGGCGCCGCCGCCGCCCUUAGAUCUCAGUGGCCCCUCCUCUAGUCUGGGCUUGGCAGGAGGCCCUGGCGAGGGGGCGGCGCAGGUUCGGCUGGCCUCUCCGGGCCCGGAGGGGCAAGGCCAGGGCCCCGGGGAUGUUUUCGCCCUGAAGAAGGAACCGUCGGUGGACGAAGGCGGCAGCGCUUCCACGGAAUCCGAGAGUGAUACUGAUACAGACAGUUCCUCUUCUGUCUCUUCAACUUCUUCCUGUUCUCCAGUGGUAUUUGAGGAAGAUGACCGGCAAUGUAAGAAUGAUGCAGACUCUCAGAGUGUUGGGGGAAAAGAAGUAUCUGAAAAGUCACUUCCUGUUGAAGAUCUGACAAUCUUUCUGCCAGAAUCUGUUGAACUGGUGCCCUUUGGGAAAGUUUCCAGCAUUGUUGACAACUUAGUUAUUGUUGAAUCACUUAAAGGGCUCCCGCCAGUUAAUGAGGACAGUGUGCUUUUCAAACAAGAUCAUUAUUCAAUAGGAAAGGUGUUUGAGGUGUUUGGCCCUGUGUCACACCCUUUUUAUGCGCUACAGUUUAACAGUCCUGAGCACAUUGAAGCAAAAGGUAUUAAAGCACAUGAUGAUGUGUAUUUUGCUCCAUCGGUUGAAAGCUUCACUCAGUAUGUAUUUCCAGAAAAAAUGAAACAGGAGAAAGGAUCUGAUGCAUCAUGGAAGAAUGAUGAAGAGCCCCCAGCUGAGGCUUUAGAUUUUAGUGAUGACGAAAAAGAGAAAGCAGCAAAACAACAAAAGAAAUCUGAAAGAAGAAAGAAGUUUCGAUCACAAAAUGAAUCUAAUGAGAAUGGAAAUCAUUAUCAGCCCAGGGGACAGCAUUCUUCAAAUUAUUCACGUGGAUCUCUUAGGGGAGGAUUAAAUCCCUCCUUUUCAAGGGGUAGAUUUCCUCGUCCACCGAUUCCUUCGUAUUCCUUCAGGCAGCAAGCAAGACCUCCACAGCAUUACUGUUCUGAGUAUACAGAAUUUCAGAAGCCUUCAGCUUUCUUUCAGCAUCCAAGAAGGGGACAUCCUGGAAGGCAGCAGUGUUCCUUUCCUCCCCCAUCGUUUGGAACAGUUAGUAAUGAGGCAUAUCGCUUUCCACCUCCACCUCCAGCUUGGGGAUGGCCUCAGGAUUGUGUUCGGAAUACAUAUGACCCACUGUUGGCAUUGCUAUCACUACCACCACCACCGCCACCUCCACUGCCACCUGCAUCGACUGCUCCUCCUAACAAUAAUAAUGCUCGUUAGUCUGUGCUCUGACUUGCAGUGAUCCGGAAAAUUUAAGAUAAAUUUGAAC